CUUCUUUCAUUUGGGGUUAUGGAAACUCACAUCCAUCUUUAAGCAAUCUUCAGAACAGUAGUGAGCUUCUCUACAUUGACAUUGAGUGAUGAGAGGUUUGGAUGAAUAGCAAUAGUCACAAUUUCCUGACUCAAGAGUGCUCUUAUUCUCAUCUUUAAAGAUAAAUCUGCUAGUUUUUUCAGAUGCUUUUUCGAGUAUGAGAGUAUCUGAUGAACUCAGACCUACUUCUUUUAGAGUAACAUUUGUUUGAAUAUCGAUAUAUUUACCUGGAAACUCAAUUUUUGUGCUCUUUUCGCCUUCACAUGAAUUAUUUAUUUCUUCAGAGCAAAUUUCCUCAUUAGUCACAGACAUCUUUGAAUUAGCUAGACUUUCUUGAACUUCUUUUACAGUUUCUUUAAAGUUGUGAUUCUUGUUUAGCUUCCAGAGUCUGACUUUUUCCUUUGACAAUUUGUAUCCGUACUUUUCAGAAUUCAGGUUAAUUACAAUUCUAUCUAGGAGAUCAUCAAAUGUGUCAAAUUUGCUUGCCCAAAUUAUAAGAGGCUGACUCACAUUCUUAGUAUCCCAUUCCUCCUCUGGAGAAAGAAUGAUAAACCUAACUUGUCUGAAUCUAUCCUCAUAUUUUAUUCCGAAGGGAUGCAUUAAUAGAAAGAAUCUUUUGACAGUAGUUCCUCCAUAUCUUGUGUGAAAAAAGUUCCAAACUUCUUCUCUUACAAUUGUAUAAUCAAUCCAUAUCUUGACUUCUUCCUUCAGAAUGUAAUUGUAGUGGCUUUCUGUGUCAAUGUCAUUGACAAACUGAUCCUUUGGGAUAAGCAGAGAUGCAUUGUCAAUCUCUCCAACUUCUGUUGACCUAUUUUCAUCAAAAUCUGGAAUGGCAUUUGACUUGAAUCAACCAUAAUAAUAAGUUCUUUUCCAGUGCUCGAGCCACUUUUUAUUAAGGAUAUAUCAAAUAUCUCCUUGCUUUAUCUGAAAGAAGCCCACUGUUUCUUACCACACAUUUGUGCACUCUGUCUCUAAUUCUCUUCAGUGAUCGAUCCAGUCUUCUUGGUUGUCUUUCGCACUGAGGGCUAGUUGGCUCUCAUACUCUCUGAGGUAUCAGCCAGUAGAAGCCUGAUGUUCCUCUGUUGUGGGGACUGAUUCUUC